AUGGAGGCCGAUGGUACGAAGGGUAUGCUGGUAAUCCAAAGCUUGAGAAACACUCAAAUGGUGGCAAUAUUCACAGCUUCUACAGCAAUUGCUUUAAGCUUGACUUUGGCAGCUCUCACCAACAAUGCUUACAAUGCAAGUCACCUCGUUAUCAAAAGCCCAUUUUUUGGUUCGCAGUCUGGAAGCAUCUUUGCUCUGAAAUAUGGGUUGGCCUCAUUUCUCAUGUUGUUUAGCUCAUUAUUCAGCUCCAUGGCGACUGGGUUUCUGAUCGAUACCAUUUUUCUAAUAAACGCUUCUUUUGAGUUCUCAUACUCCGGAAUCACAGAAACCCAACUUGAAAAAGGGUACAUGUUGGCUCUUAUUGGCAACAGGUUGCUUUGUAUUUCCUUUCCCAUGUUGUUGUGGUUGUUCGGUCCAAUGCUUGUUGCAUUGUCUUCCCUGGCCUUGGUUUGGUGGCUUUAUGGGCUUGAUUUUGCUGCCAAACUCAGCACAAGCAGUAGGCAAAGCCUUAGUUGA